CACCAAGCUUUGAACAACACACCUUUUACUGCGCCGCCACGACAUCAUCGAAUUCAAUUUCUCUCCAUUCCUCUCCACAUAUAUCGCUAAUCUCUAUCAUCUGAACCAUGGAGCGAUUCAGGAACUUGUUGGGCGGAGGUGGCAUGGGCUUGGGAGGAGUUACGCCUGGCACUGAUAACACCAGCCUGAUCGAUAACUCGGAAACCGUCUACAUCUCGUCCCUGGCCCUGCUGAAAAUGCUCCGGCACGGCCGCGCAGGCGUGCCGAUGGAGGUCAUGGGCCUGAUGCUGGGCGAGUUCGUCGACGAUUUCACAGUCAAAGUCAUGGACGUGUUUGCCAUGCCACAGAGCGGUACAGGUGUUAGUGUCGAAGCUGUCGACCCUGUGUUCCAGACCAAGAUGAUGGAUAUGCUGCGGCAAACCGGAAGACCGGAAUCAGUCGUUGGAUGGUACCACUCGCAUCCUGGCUUUGGCUGCUGGCUGUCGUCUGUGGAUAUCAACACUCAGCAAUCGUUUGAGCAGCUAAACCCGCGCGCGGUGGCAGUAGUCGUCGACCCCAUUCAGUCGGUCAAGGGCAAAGUUGUGAUUGAUGCUUUCCGACUCAUCAACCCUCAGCUGCUCAUGAUGGGCCAAGAACCUCGACAGAGUACGAGCAACCUCGGCCACCUCAACAAGCCAUCCAUCCAGGCGCUGAUCCACGGACUUAACCGACACUACUACUCGAUUGCGAUCAACUACCGCAAGACAGCGCUGGAAGAGAACAUGCUGAUGAACCUCCACAAGCACGUGUGGACAGAGGCUUUAGAGAUGGACGAUUUCCGGACGGAGGGCCAGAAGAACAAGGAGCGGCUGCAGAGGCUGGUCAGCCUGGCAGAUGGCUACGAGAAGAGAGUCAAGGAAGAGACGGAGCUGACUAAGGAGCAGCUCAAGACCCGCUACGUUGGCAAGCUGGAUCCCAAGAAGCACUUGGAGGAUGUUGGUCAGGAGCUGAUCGAAGACAACAUUGUGUCGGUGUCAAGGCAGAUGAUUGACAAGGAGGCGACAAUGCCCAAGAAGAAUGGAGCUUUGGGGGUAGCUGCCCAAUCCAACGGCGAGCAGAUGGAGACAGAGGAAGAGUUAUAGACGAGUAGCAAAGCAAGGAGGGCAGCCAUUAUCAUCGUCCGCUCACACUAUAUCUUCGGUGCUACCGCUUCUGCACACACACGCAUGGUAGCUGGGGCACGCCUUAUGCUUGAGAAGAGGGGACUUGCCAAAAAUUUCGCACACCGCCGUUGGAGUCGGGGUCGGAAGAACGCGGGGCGAUGAGAAACGUAGCCGCGAGGAUGGGCGACUCUGACCAGUUGGGGGUCUCUAGGCCGGUCAGAUGGUGGUUUUGCGUGACCAUGAGCUUAUAGCCUCUGUCGUCGUUGUCGUUACUCUGGAGGAAUGCUUAGGCCCCCCUUGCACCGGGACAUGAAGCCGUCGUCGGGCAGCACGAUUCAUGACAUGUCACUAUUUAAUGAAGUUUAAUUUUUUUGUUAAAACCCAUUUAGCUUUUU